CGAAGGGCACCGAGCGGCUACUGCAGGGGACCAGCAGCCAUGGCAGGACGUGACACUGGAACACAGCACAAGUUCACUGGUAUUCAGAAAUACUUCAAUUCCUACACCAUAAGAGGCAGAAGGAAUUAUGUAAAAGCUACAUAUGCAAGCAUUGCUAUGAUCAUCUUAUAUUUCAAGCUAAGGCCUAAAAAACAAACUCCAGCAGUGACAGGAAAAUAGUGGUUGCUGGCAUGUGUGUUAGUGUUGGACCUCAUAUUGCAAUGGAAACAGGAGUUGAUGUACUAUUAUGUACAAUUCAAUAAAAUAAA